GAAAAAGCUUCAAAACGUUUUCAAAGACAACUGAUUCUAAACAAUUCCAUCGAAUUAUUGUACAAGAAAUCUCUCACUCGUCUUCUUCGGCUCAGUAGAUCCAUUUGCAAGCAAAGUAGUCGUGGACGAAGAUAAACCACACACACCCUCCUCCAACUUCCACCACUUAUUCCAUGGCUGAACUUCACAGUUCCAACCCCUUCUUCAAGCAACCGUCUUUCUUCUCAAUGUAUAAAAUCAGCUACCCCUAGACUAUCUAUAUCAUAAGUUUCCAAACAUGGGUUUGAUUCUCGGAAAGAUCAGUGUUGAAACACCCAAAUACGAGCUCGUUCAAUCCACUUCCGACUACGAAAUCCGCAAAUACGAGCCAUCGGUGGUCGCCGAAGUCGCCUACGAUCCGACCCAGUUCAGAGGCAACAAAGACGGUGGCUUCACCGUAUUAGCAAAAUACAUUGGAGCCAUUGGUGAGCCACAGAACAUCAAGUCCGAGAAAGUGGCCAUGACGGCGCCGGUGAUCACCAAAUCGGAGAAGAUUUCGAUGACAGCUCCGGUGGUGACCGAAGGUGGCGGCGGCGAAGGGAAGCCGGUGACGAUGCAGUUUGUGCUACCUAGCAAGUACAAGAAGGCAGAGGAGGCUCCUAAACCGGCGGAUGAAAGGGUUGUGAUAAAGGAAGAAGGGGAGAGAAAACUAGCCGUCGUGAGAUUUAGCGGAAUUGCGACGGAGGGAGUGGUGGCGGAGAAGGUGGAGAAGCUAAAGAAAAGCUUGGAGAAAGAUGGACACAAGGUGAUUGGGGAUUAUGUAUUGGCAAGAUAUAACCCACCUUGGACAUUGCCUUCUUUGAGAACCAAUGAAGUUAUGAUACCAGUAGAGUAAAGUGAAUUGAUUUGAUUUCUAGUGUUUUUAGACAUUCUGUGUUUGACAUUUUGAUGUACUACUGUCAUUUAUAGGCUCUGUUUCUUUCUUUUGAAUAAUACUUUCAUUUGUAGAGAUCAA